UUAUAUUGCUAGCGCGAAUCUAAAAUCUGUUUCCUUUCCGAUCUAGAAUCUCGAUCUAAUCAAUCAAGUCAAUGUAAACAAACUCGUCCCGGUGGAGAAAAACAAACUUAGAAAAAUAGAAUUUGUGUAGUUUAGACAACUUUGUUAAAACACUAUGGCCAGCAGCAAGAGUAUGAUUGAAGCACACGCACAGGUCAUAGAGAAUAAUUUUAAAGAAUGUAUCAAUUCUUGUUUUGAAGGUGUCUUGGAUGUUGGUCAAAACUUAUCAGAAUUCUCAUUACUGGAUAACAAAGAUUUUGUAACAACCACAGAAAGUAUGAUGAAGGGAUUUAUAGAAAUGGAAAAAGAAAUGCAGCAUCACAUAGCAGCCUUGAAGGAUGUUAGGACUCUGACCUCAUCUGAAGGCAUAGAUGUCAAUUUUCUGGCAGAAUUUGAUAAAAAGUUGGACCAUUUGAAGAAAAGUAGUGAAAAUGAUUACAAAUCUCAUCCAAAGUAUAAAGAGCUGGAGAAUUUUUUUAUGGAUGUUGGCUCAUUGGAAGAGCAAAUUGCAGCACUCCGCGUCAAGUUGACAGCAUCAUCCAGCAAUGAUGAUAUUGAAGUGACUGAAGUAGAGAUCAACACAAAGUGCCCUUACACAGGCCAGACUAUAGUGUUUCCUGUGCGAAAUAAACACUGUGGUCAUGUUUACGACAAGGCAGGCAUAACUAAUUACAUUAGCUCCCGGAAAGCCAAAGCAAAAUGCCCAGCUGUGGGUUGUGGCAAUAAGAACCCCAUCACUGUUGACAUAUUGGAAGAGCAUACUGACCUGAAAAAAUAUAUCCAACUGGUUGGCAAAUUGGAAAGAUUAAAAGUGAAUGAUAAUUUAGAUCAUUCAUUGGAUGUAUAACAAAUGCAGGUAUGUCUUUGUCAUCUGGCAAGAAUUGAGAGACUUUCAAGUUGAGGCUUAUGAUAGAUUUCAUCCUAUUCUAUUGGAGGUUUGACUUGGAAAUUUCUUGUGCAAUCUCUAGUGCUGGAGAAUGUUGACAUUAACCUAGCUAAAUGUGUACAUACAGAAUCAACAUGCUGUGUACAUACAGAAUCAACUUGUGCUCAUACAAAAUCAACAUUCCCCAACCAUGUGAGUCGACUAGAAAGCUAGAAAGCGACCUUCCUCUGCAAUGUAUUUAUGCAUACAUAUUCAUUUAAAUUAUAGAUAAAAACAAAGAACAAAUGUGAAAUGUUUAAAUUUCAAACUGUUUAAUACAUAUUUUUUAACAAAAAUAAUAAAUUGUGUUUAAUACAUAGAUAAAUUAUUAAGAGGGAUUUUUGGCUUCCCAAAUGAAAUGUUUCAUUCUACUUUUUAUUUUGUAGCUUAAAGGUUACUAAUGGACACUACAAAUGUAUAUGCCAACUAUUUAAACUUAAAAUUUGUAUAUAGCUUUUCUUCAAACACUUUUAUCCAAUUCACAACUAAAUUUUUUUUAAUGGUGGAGAAUUUUUAGAAAUCUGAAAUUUUUUGAUAGUUUAAAAAAGUUUAAAUGUGUUUUUGUAAUUAAUAAAAAAAAACAAGAUGGAAGUGGAUGGUGCUGUAGGUAUGGUAUUUUGUUUCAUUUCAAAUCUUUUUUUUGCUAGAGGUGUCUAAUAAGAUCAUUUCAAAACAUUCUUUUAAAGUUGACAUUUGUAUGUCUUCCCCCAUGCAAUUCUAGAUUCUACCCAUCUGAAAAUUUGACAUACCAUUUGUUGAUGUCUUUUGCAUGACCAAAAAAAGGCCAGCUCUACUGCCUCGCAUGUCUCUUAAUACUUGAGAAUCAGUCCUUCCCAACCCUUUUUAAUUUAACAUUCAUGGGUUUCAGAAUGUAAGAAAACACUUGGUUUUGGGUUCCAUCCUGUACCCCACUGGAAAACUUACAGUGCUCCCUUUGGGAGGGGGUGAACAUCAAUUUUAAAUUUUCUUAUGGCAUGUUACUAAAAGUUUGAGAAACACUGCCUGAAUGGUUACUUUUGUUAAAGUUUUUUUUUUUGCUUCAACAUGCACAGAGAAAUUAAGUUAUGAAAUAUCAUUUACGACAGAGAUUUUUAAAGACUGAGUUGUUUUUUCACCCAUGAUCAAUGCAGAGUAAAAGCUUGGAUGAGUUGUAGGUAUGAUUGUGUUUGGGUUCAAAACUUCAAAUCUGAAAUAUGUAUUUAUAAAAUGAUGUGAAUUAUGUAUAUUUUAAAUAUGUAUAUUUAAAAAAAAAAACUUGUUUGGGAAAAAAUGUAUUUAAGAUAAUAAAGCUUACAGCAGUAUUUUUUGUUAA